AUGGUUGCAAGGGGAUCAGCGCUCAACAUUGGCAUGCCUCUCAUCAGCUCUAGCUUUCGCAACAGAGACAGCGAGGUCCCUCUUCCUUUUGGAAAGGGUGGUGAUAACACCACUGCUACCAAUAAUAGGCCCUUGCAUAUCAGUAUACUAAAACAUACUUUCUUUCAAUGGGGAAUUGAUCUUGCUAGUAAUCUUAAAGUUAUGCAAUACAGACUUCAGCAUAUCGUAGUUGAGAUUCCCAAUACCACCUAUACUAUGCUAGAAAACGCAAUAUAG